GGAUUUACUCCUCUGGUCGUCAGAAAUAAUUGUUGUGUACAUGUGGUUCUUCUGGAAAUGGCACGAGCAAGCUGUAUGGCCACUUGAUACCACAAACAUUUCCUGUUUAUCCUGUCCAGCCAGAGGUGUUGGAGUGGACAGGACUUUUUAUUCCGGGAUUCUAUUAUUUAGUCUGGGAGUUGAAGAGUUGACUUGUUUUAAUCUAAUGAGAAGUCACAUUUCCCUGUCACUUCCUUUUCGUCAGUGCCAUCUCCAACCUCAGUUUCAGUAUUGACCUUUGGUGCUUGUGGUAAUUAAAAAAACAACAAAAAACCCCACCUUCCUCUAUAAUGUUAAAAAUAGGAUUGAAAAUGUUGUAGCAGAAGCACCAACUUCUUAACUUUGACUUAGAUGAUGCUUGUUUGGAGGGGAAUGCCUCAUGCUUCAGGCUGUUUGUUCAGUGGUUAAAGGCUUAACCAGCUCCUCAGAGUUUCCUAUUGGAUUCCUUUACCUGCAACAGCUUAAAAAUAUGAUGUAGACUGAACUGUUUUAUUCUGUGGAUUUGAGUGAGUUUGAGACCUAUGUCAUGUGUUGUAGUUUCUUUAGUUCUCUGUAGAUCUCUUGAACCUGGGUCCAAGACUUGGAGUGGACUUGGCCAAAACCAUGUUAUGAAUAGGAUCUGGUCAAAGAGCGCUUAAGGCAAGUGGGAGAAAGGUAGGUUGAAACAGAGAUCUCUCUUUAAUCCCACAGACAUCACACAGGUCAGUGGAAAUAGCACAAAUGUUGUAUGCAAGUGGUUGGCAUUGCAGGAUGGGAGUUGCCCAAACCCAGUCAUGGUAACCCUGUACUCUGUGUUGGUAAAGCUCUACCUGCUUCCUUCCACUUGUCAAAAAAACACCCAACCCUAACAACCACACAAACAAACCAAACCAUAUCACAUUCUUCCCCACCCCCCUCAUCAGUCAUUUGGACAAGCAUUUUAAAAUUUUCAAGAGGUUUACAACAAUUUCUGGUUCUGUUGCUAGUGUUACCUUUGUCCAUCUCACCCUCCUGUAGCCUGAUUUUAUUCAUGUAAAACUUCUACAUAAUUGGCAACAGGAUUACAGGUUUUGCUUGUAAGCUUUCUGGAGCGUGGGUAAUGUCUCUCCUUUACUAUCAAUGGCCUGUUGCAUACAGAGGAAGCACAAGCAAUUAAAAAAAUGUUAAAUUACAGUCAGAUUUAUGUAAAUACUUGCCACAGGGCAGUAUUUUUGUGUAAAAUGCUUGGGCUGGCCACUGUUGGAAUGUGCUUUGUCUCAGUGAUUAAGACAGUAUCACCUUGGUUAAAUGUCGUAGCUGUGUUAAAAGGUAGCAAACUCUAUGUAGGUUUAGUUCUUACAAGCUUACAGUUAAUCUGAAGCUGGAAGACAGUUCCUUCUGAAAUCUUAACCUGAACGGCAGUAAACUUUUGAACUUGAAACUUGUUUGGGACUUUCUGAUUGUAAAAGGUACUUUUUUAUUUUAAGCCCAGUGGAAAACAACUUGAGUCAUAGCAGUAUCUUGUUAUAUAAAAGAAGGAAAAAUAGAUAUUUUAGGUAAAACCAAGCAGGGAUCCUGCUACAUCAAAUGUUACGGAUGGGGUUACAAUUUUCCAAGAAGUUACCAUUGUCAGUGUUAUUGAAAUUGGUUUUCCUGGGUUUUUUUUCUCCCUGUUCUGUGGUGAGAUGAGUGCUUGCUACAGUGGCAUCAUUCUGGGGAAGUAGGAAAGGUGGUCAUUUUGGCAAGCUUAUAGAAAUACCUCUUCUAAAUAUAGUAGCAUUCUGCCAAUCUGAACACAGGAUUGCCUGUCAGUAACUCAGCUGAUACCCAGUAGGACCUGCCAAGUUAGUGAUGUAGGCUUUUGGGGCAAACACCUCUCUCCAAGUCAAAAUUUUCAGCGUCUCCAACAAAGAAAGAAUUUUAGUGGCAGAAAACAUCCAGGUUUUGCCUAAUAGUAAAAAAAUGUAAUUACAAUCAGGAGCAUGGCUUAUACUGUUGAGAGAGCUCGGCUUGAGGGUCUGACCUGAGCCUUCCUGAAGGGAGUAGGGAAAUACUCCCACUUGAGGCAGGAUGGAGAAUGUGUAAGUUCCACAACUGUUAAAAAUAUUCCUGGCACUAGACCUGUAUUGGAUUUAGCACUGGCUUUGUUCUAACUGUGUUCUGCUGGUUAGGGGCUAAAGGAUUUUCACUGUGUUACUAUGGCCACAUGUGCUUGUUUGGUACACAGCAGGUGAACUUUUCAGAUGAGGAAGAGGGUGAUAAUGCUUUUCUCUUGUGCUGAUGCAAUACUGUUUCCUUUAGCAAAGCAAAUAUCUCACCGAGGUGUGUAGACCAAAACACCUGAGGUGUUCCACAGAACCAGUCUUAAGAGAAUUUUUUUCCAUGCAGUAGUGUAACACCUUGAGGAAAGUGGUUUUGCACAGAGAGCCUUCUUCAAAAUCUUGUUUAGUCCUCUCCAUAGUCUCCAGGAGCUGCCGUAACAAGAGUGCUCCACUUUGAGGUUGGUUGGUAGCAAUUCUCUUUGGGGAAGGUCUAGUUGUUUCACAAACCAAUAAAUCUUCAGUCCUCAGCACUGAAAAUCCAUUAGUGGGGAGAUCUUCCCCUCUGAAAGCUUCUCCUACUGAAGCUGUUUCCCUCUUGAACAUAACAAUGACUUUGAGCAGCAGUAAAUCAGUGCUGGGAAAACUCAGCAUGCUUGUCAGCAGAAGGGAGCACAGCAGGGAAAGGAAUGUCUCCGAAAUCACAGCCUUUGGUGCCCAAAUGUGUCAGUGAGCAAAAGGGUGUGAGGCCAUCUGAAAAGUUAAAUAUGCUCCUUUAUUUCUCAUGGUCUUCUCUCUAGGAGGUGGUGAUCACCCAUGUAAAAGGUUUCAGGAAUAGGCCAAGGGUCUUCCUGGCUGCCUGCAAUUUGAAUGAUGUUGAAGUCUUUGGUACUUAUGGCUUUUCAUGAUAGAUGGGUGUAUGGAUGCUAACUCUGAAGCAGGGAGCACAGUGCCUGUGGAAUAGCAGGCCACAUAACUUUCUCAGUCUUGCCUGAGAAAGUGGCCUGGGAAAUCAUGGGGAGGAUUUAAAACAAUCCUCAGAGAUAGAAAACAGCCUUGCAGGUGCUGUUUGUCUGUUCCUUGUUUUCUGGCAAGAGAAGAUCGAGGGGUGGUGAGCCCCGCUGACCAAUGAUGGUGAUGUGUUAGUUUACUAACCAAUAAGAGUUUCUUUUCUGUACUUUUCACAUCGGCAUCUGUAAAAAAGAUCUGAAGCAAUAAACCAAGAAGAAAUUCUCCUGAUCGACUCCCAGGAGAGUCUGUGUCAUUCUUCUCGCUGUUCCCAAUAGAGCGACAUGGGCCUAGUCAUUUUCCCUUUUCUUUUUAUAACUUCUGGUUUGUUCCUGUUUAGGUAGUAAAACACCCAUUUUACUGAGGAGUAGGGGUUAGAGCGAUGCUACACAAGGUAGUGUGCUACACUCUGUUGCCUGCCUGGGUUAUAAAUAAUGCAGCAACUUUCUCUUUCCAGCAGUACUGCUGCGUGAUGGCCUUGUGAUAAGUGUGUGGCAUUGUGAAAGGUGAAAUGGAACAGAAGAUCCUUCCUCUCCAGCAAUGUUUGAGUAUCAGUUGGACUUGAUGGUCUCAAAGGUCUUUUCCAACCUAGUUCAUUCUGUGAUUCUGAGUCCAGGGAGUGAGGAGUCAAAGGUUGUGGCUGUUCUGCUCUCACAGCUGUUCUGGGCAGCAGACAGCUAGAACGUUUCUUUCGUUGUGGUCCUAGGAACACUUCCCUGUUUCUGUAGCCUUAACCUGCCCAGACAGAGCUUCGUGGCUUAGAGGAAAUGUUGUGCCAGAGGUAGGACAGAGGAGAGGCUGUGUGCUGCCCCUUUAUCCUGUGACUGCCUGGGCACUGCUUUACACAGCAGCAGCAGGGCAUCCUGGCUCCCAAAGAGUUUCCAGGAGUCUGGGUGUGAUAUAAAGGCAUGACCGUCACUUGGAAAAAGUGACGGUGAGGCUUGCAGCAACCAGCCACUUAAUCCAGUUAAUCCAACACUCUUUGGAUUAAACAGAAUACCACAACAAAGGGUUUGGCCACCCUGCUUAGUCCCACAAAGUAUGCAGGUAGUGGGAUCUCUGGCUGGGAAAGGUCAACCCUGCUCUGGUGUGCUGCCUUGUGACAGUGGCAGAGGUUCUCUCCUUUCACAGCGGGGCACCCCACUUGUCCCUUGGGGCAGAGGGCACUGCACAUGCCUGAGCUUAUCUGACACAUCCAAAAGGUCCCAGAGGUUAACCCCUCCUAGAGUCUCCAACCCUUCUUGCUGCCUAAAAUUGGAUUUGGGGUGUAUUUAUUUACAGCAAGGUAAGAAAAAAGCAGAGGAAAACCUCAUGUUUCCAUGAAGUGCCUGUCAGACUUUGCUGUGGAUGGGCUGAGUGUCUCUGAAACAGCCUUUCAAUUGGUGCUUGCUUCAACUGGUGCAACCAGCAGGCUGGAGAGGGUUGUUUGGGUUUUGGUGUUCCAUUGUAGUGUCCCAGAGCAGGUUCCUUCAGACAUGGAAGUGUUUGAAUGAGGCUUUGCAAUAUUGGGUGCUAAGCAAAAUGUUGGUUUUUUUAAAGUAUUUUUUUUUCUUUUUCUGUUUUCCCAGAGGUCAGGAAUUUUCUAUAUGCAUGGGAAUGAGGCUAUGUUAACUUGGUACAGCAACUCUGGUGGAGAACUUUUCACUUCACCCAGAAUUCAUAUGUUAUGUUCUCGCUGCCCAAUGUUCUGCAUCCCUGCCAGAAUGAGUUUGACUAAUCUUUGCCUGUGACUCAGAAUAGAGAUGUGUUAGGAACUUCUUUUAUUUAUUUUUUUUUUCCUUUUGAAAAAUGAAGUGAAAGUUUAUCAAACUAUGGUUAUAUGAGAACUUGGCCAGCCAAAUGAGGAAGUAAAAUGUUCCUAUAAAAUGAGCUCUGGUUCUGCCCACUGCACUUAUUUGCUCUCAGCUGACAUCAGCUUUACCUCUAAAUACGAGCUGGUGACUUCCUUGUGAGCUUGGUACUGCUCUGAAUCCAGCUUCUGGCUGGAGGAUGGUGGGACAGCCCUGCUGGGCCACGGAAAGAACAGCGGCCAGGUAAGGUGCAGAGCAAGAGGGGUCACCUGUGCCCACAGCUCGCUCCCUGGGGAGUUUGCCUUUACUGUUUUCAGAAAACGGAGCAGGGAAGGUGGAGAAGAAAGAGGCAAAUCUUUUCUUAGUCAUCAAGACAACAAAUGACAGGUGCUAUGAAGAGUUUAUGUGCAUCUCUCAUUUGUGAAAAUAAAAAUUCUUAUAUUUCUGAAGGUAGAGCAGCCAGUCUGCUUUCGGGGAAGCGCCACACGGUAGGGCUCAAAUGGGCUCUCAGUCUUAGGUGGUUUGCAGUGUUAAUCUCAGGGGUGAAGGAAGAAGAGGAGUGAAGUGGUCCUGCCCUGAGUUGUGAGGGGAAACACUAUGGUGGCAGGGAUCUGCAGCUUGUGCUGCUUGGCAUACACAUGAACUUUAGAGAAGCCCUAAACCUGCUCUGCCUUGACCAAUGGCAGGUCUGUCUGGGGCUGUGUCCCCCCUGCCUGGGCAGAAUGGUCAUUUGAGGGGGCUUUGAGGAGCCUUCUGAGUCAAACUGGUCCUUAUUGCGUUUCUGUGGCCUGAGGCUGCUGGAAGUGCUGCUCUGACUUGUCAGAAGGAUGAGGAAAAAUUAUUCUUUAAAGUCAUUCAAAAUGUAGUAGCUACCACCAGUUCUUUGGAGAAGAGUUCUCAAUUGUAAUUUUCUAGUCUUAAAAGUCUGUCAAACUAUACAAAAGGCAGAAAACCAUAAGAGGUCUUCUGAUUUUUUGGUCAAAAGUACUCACUGAAAUAUUAACAUUCUAAAAUGUUAAGAUUGAAAUAGAAUUUUGGAAACCGGACUGAAGCCAUUUCUUUGUGUGUGUGUGUGUGUGUGUGUGUGUGUGUAUCUGUAGGAGGAGUCACAACACCACAGAGAGUGUGCUUUUAAAGCUAGAACAUGGGAUGGGCAUACCAUUAUCUGUGGAUAAAUUAUUCUAUGAAAUGAGAAGACUUUGGCUUUCAGUGGAGCGAAACCAAAAACAGCUCCCAGUGGGAUCAGCUUAGGUGAAGGGUGGAAAGUGGCCAGAGAAAAUCUAAGUACUUAGCAAAUGAAGGUCAUGAAGUUUAUAAAUGGAAUUUCACAAUCUGUGACAGCAAAAGCUGGAGUCUGUGAUAUACGAUUUCUCCUCCUGUCGUGUUUUUUGUGCUGGUUAUAAGCAGCCAGCUGACCUGCUGAACUUGGGCACACUCCUGGCUGUUUACUAAUGUGUAAGUCUGGGAUUUUAUUGCCCUUUAAUUCCCCCUUGAGAGGGGUGACCUCAGAGUUUCCUGUGAUCAAGGCUUCCAUCUCAGUAUUUCCAAAUUGUCCUCUCUGUGAUGAAAACACUGCACUAACUGUAUCACCCAUUUUUAAUAUUUGGCCAAUAUUUGCAGCAGAAAUCCAGUGGUCAACUCUAUCAUAUUGCUGGGGAUGGCUGAUACUGCAUCACAUCAACCCCAGGCAGCCGCCCAGAGCUCAGAGCUCCCCAUGCUUACCAAGCCAAAGGGAUUCACUGCCUGCACAGAAGGAUCAAGCCUUGCCAAAAGAAGCAAAGGGUGCAGACAUGGACACAGGCUUGGUGCUGCCUGGCAUGGAGCCAAACAUCUGUGCAGCACAAUGUGAUGCUAACAUGGGAAAUUGUUCUGAUAGUAAAAGGGAGGGGGAGGAGGAAGAAAAGAAAAAGCAUCAGGGUAGACAGAAGUACAGGUUUGAAAAUAAUAGUAAUGGCCAUUAAUAUGUGGUAAAUGUUUUCUUUCAAACCUGAAGAUAGAUACUAAGAAAAGUUUUUAAUUAGCAAUAAUUUAUUUUUAAAAAUUUAGGCAUUUUUAAAAAACCAAGUAGUACACUCUAUGUGUUUGGAGCCACUGAUCAUAUACUGGAAGCAGGCUUUACUGUGGUGCUAACCCAGACUGCUUCUGCUUUAUUUGGUUACAUCAAGGUAUUUCAGCUCACACAGUAGUGGUUUCAAAGAUGAAAAACCCUUUCAAUAAUGAAAAAGCAGGCAAAUACAUUUUUAUCUUUAGUCAAUGGAAUAAAAACAAGGAUUAGAUGUAAAAAUUGUUACAGGGUGCACUGUGAGGAAAACACUCACUGACUAAAAUAAGCAAUGUUUUCGUUUAGAUGGAAAAAUACACGUGGUAACUGUUUUCCCCUUACAGUUAUAACAUAUUUAAGGAAUGUUUUAUUUUAUUGAUGCUGUUUUUCAUUCUUAACUGAGUGCCAGAUUUCUCACACAGAAUACCUGAAAUUUAUGAAGCUACAUAGAAAAGUAAAUACCAAAGUUUCACUAGGUGAGGUUAUAACUAAUUAUCAUAUUUUCCUGCUGAACUAAUCAGUUUUAAAUUAACUGAACCCAGCAUGGAUUUCUUCCCCACAGCCUGAGAGGACUGUCAGGCCUUGGGGAGGAGCUUCACUCUGAAUCCUCUCCCAUCUCCUUGUUUCCAGCAUUUCCAUGAAUUCUUCCACAUGCUUUCAGCUUCUGGCUCCUGGGGUGGUCCAUGCUGGGCAGGGAGUGGCUGGUGGGCUGGGAAGGGGAGCUGGUGGGUGGGAUUGGCUCUGGCUCUGGGCUCGGCACAGAGCUGCUUGUUUGAUUAGUUAAUUCUGCAUCUGGUGCCAUCAGCAAAGGGAAGAGGGCCACCCUUACCUCCCUCAUGUGGGUGGAAGAACCAGCCACAGCUUUUAAACAGGUAGCACCAAUAAUUGCAGUAAUGUGGCAAGAGAUGCUUCAGUGCAAGCAAGCCAACAGUGACUGAAGGUGUUUGGCUUGAUGGACAAGUGGGCACCGUGUACGUUCUGUGUCACACUCGUUGGGCUCAGGCAGCUCUGGGUACCCCUGACUAUGGUGCCCAUCCCCUGCAUUUGCUGAAUAGACCAGAAAGCUAUGUGGUGCAGUUCUGGAGAAUAUAAAGUAGCUUUUGCUACUUUUGCACACUCACUUCUGAAUUACCUUGACAAUAAACAUAAGUGAAACUGGUAAGUGAAGUGAUAAGUGGAAUAAUUGACAGUGGAAAUUGAAGCCACUUUCUGGAUCACCUGCUUCAAAGCACCAUCCCCAUGGCUUUCAAAAAAACUAAACUGCUUCUCUGAAAAUAGAAGCCCUCAGUGAAACAGCAAGUAACAGGGAAAGAAUAGUCAGGCAUCAUUAGAACUGAUGAGUGACAGAAUUUCAGAACUUGUGUCUGUAUACGCACAGACACAUAGUAAGAAAGAUAAAAGUAUUAAAAAAAAAAUCAGUUUCCAGAUAUUUUGCAAACAGCAUGUUUCCUGAAAUCACUGGAUGAAAUUUGCUAUACUUGUUGCUAUGGCAUCUGAGCCCAUCCAGUAAAAUUUGACAGAUAUUUAUCUCGGGCUGACAAACCACACAGCAAAUUGAAAAUCCCCUUUGUGUCAUUUCCUGUGAGAUAAGUCUGAAGAACCAACUCACGCAUGCAGCCUGUCUGCUUACAGGCAGCCUGGCACAGCUCACCAAGUAAGGUGACACCUGUCUGACAUAAUGUUUGGAGAGUGACGAACAUUUGCAUGGGACACUCUGGUGCUUUUAUAAUUAAGAACGGACCAGAAAAUUGCUUUAAUGCUGAGAGAAGACAGCUAAUCUGCUAGUCUCUGCUGUGCACUAGGCAAAGAACUGAGAUGACUGCAUGCUUUUCCUUAAUGCUUGUGUUUUGUUGCUGCUAAUCUUUCCCUCUCUGAAGCUGAUGCCUGUGGGACACAGCUGGGAAGACAGGAUCACCGGGUUUAGAGGAACAUAAACGCCCGCUAAAAUGGCACUGGCCAGUUCAAUUCCUAGCAAAGCAGCACCACCACACUCCAAAAAAGUUUCUGCAGCAGGGGUGGAAGUGCACCAGAGCAAGAUGGAUUUUUUCUGCAAGCUGGGCUAUAGUAAGCAGGACAUCUGCAAAGUGCUGGAGAACCUGGGCCAAGAGGCGCUGGAGGAUGAUGUGCUGAAAGAGCUGAUUCGGAUGGGGAGCAAACCUCAGGCUCUGGAGAACCAGGCUCAGCCUUCCCAGCUAAAGCUGGUUGCUCGUGGAGCUUGUAGCAGCACAGCGGGACUGAAGAGGCUUGGAGAAGAUGAAAGUGAUUCUUCUGAUUCCUUGAGACCCAUUGUGAUCGACGGCAGCAAUGUCGCCAUGAGUCAUGGAAACAAGGAGGUGUUCUCCUGCUGGGGGAUCCAGCUGGCGGUGGAUUGGUUUAGAGAGAGGGGUCACACUUACAUCAAGGUUUUUGUCCCACUCUGGAGAAAGGAACCCCCUCGACAAGACAGCCCCAUUGCAGAUCAGCACAUUCUUGAGGAGCUGGAAAAGCAAUCUAUCCUGGUCUACACACCCUCUCGGAAGGUGAAGGGCAAGAGGGUGGUUUGCUAUGAUGAUCGCUACAUAGUGAAAGUCGCGUAUGAGAAAGACGGAGUCAUUGUUUCCAAUGACCACUACCGGGAUCUCCAAAAUGAAAACCCCGAGUGGAAAUGGUUUAUUGAGCAGCGACUUCUCAUGUACUCUUUUGUCAGUAACAGGUUUAUGCCUCCCGAUGAUCCACUAGGCCGGCACGGACCCACCUUAAGUAACUUCCUCAGCAAGAAGCCAGUGCUGCCUGAAAGGAAAUGGCAGCCUUGCCCUUAUGGUAAAAAAUGUACCUAUGGCAAUAAAUGCAAAUUUUACCAUCCAGAGAGACAACAUCAAGCUCAGCUUUCAGUCGCUGAUGAGCUCAGGGCCAAAACAAAGGUCCCGAUAGCCCAGGGGAAGGAGGAGGAGAGGUGUCAGCGCUUACCGUACGCAGCCAGAGGAGAGCCUGCACCCUGCGAUGCCUGCACAGAACCUCUGCGGGAAGCCAGAGGCUGCUCUGGGCCUUCCUGCUACCCAGGCAGGUCCCAGGGGAGCUGCUCUGAGCAGACAUUCCGUGCCUGGGCCGGCAGCCCUGGCUCUGACCUGGGGCUGGAGCAGCGCUUGCCGCAGGCGGAGCCGCUCCUGGAGGAGAUGUCAGCGGUGUCCAUCGGUGACACCUACGGCUGCAGCUGGUCCUUGUGCCCCUCCCAGGACCGGGGGGUCACGGACAGCCCUCAGCCCUGCGCUGGCCUCAGGCACAAACUGUUCUCACUUCAUCACCCUCAGAGCCUGGAGCAGGCCGGCUCAGCCAGGCGCCCUUUCCAGCUCCGAGCGCUCCCAGCUGCGCCAGGCGGGAUGUGCGGGGAGCACGGCUGGGCUCAGGAGCGCCACGGGAGCCACUCCGUCCCUGCUGGUGCUCAGCACAAGCAGGGCCCGGAGAGCCAGCACGCUGCUCUGCUGCAGGCCCCAGCUCUGUUCCCUGACAGCCUUCCCCUGUACGGUGAGCAGCAGGCGCAGCAGCACCACUGCAUCCCCAGCCGGCCCCCGGGACAGCCCCUUCUGUCAGAUUCCAGCGAUGGAACGGGCUUAUUCCACAAGGCCCUUGCUUACCCCAGUGCCUCUUACAGGGACUACUGGCCCACCCCGGCUGCAAGGCUUCCCUCUGCCCGGCAACUAAACACACACAGGGAGCUGUGCUCCUCUUAUCCCUACGGUGUGAUGAGCCAGGCCCUGGCUUUGUACCCCAGUAUCCAGGAUAAGGGGACUGGAGCACCUCCCCUAUGAAGAGAGGCUAGGGAGCUUGGGGCUGUUCAGCCUGGAGAAGAGAAGGUUGCAUGGAGACCUCAUAGAAACCUUCCAGCAUCUGAAGGGAACCUACAAGGAAGCCAGAGCAGGACGCUUAAUGAGGAACUUUAGUGAUAGGACACAGGGGAAUGGUUUCAGACUGAGAGGGGGUAGCUUUAGGUUAGAUUUUAGGAUGCAAUUCUGAAUAUUCUGGGUGGUGAGACAUUGGAACAGGUUGCUCAGAGAAGUUGUGGAUGCCCCGUCCCUGGAAAUGUUUAAGGCCAGGUUGGGUGGGGCUCUGAGCAAUCUGGUCUAAGUAAA